UGCUGUGCGUCAUCAGUACGCGCCGAGCGCACGUUUGGCCCGCUUCGCUCAGGGCAGCGGUUACCUUGUCACAGCAAUGAGCUGCGCCGGGGCGACGGCGGUUCGCUCCCUGUGGCGGCUGCGUACGGCCGCCAUGCGACCUCUCCCAGCUUACGGGAGCCGCAGCGGUGUCAGACUGUCCAGUUCAGGAAUGACCUUGGACAGUAUCAAUCGGGCAGCUGUGGAUCGAAUAAUCCGGGUGGAUCACGCAGGUGAAUACGGAGCAAACCGGAUCUAUGCGGGGCAGAUGGCGGUCCUGGGCCGGACCAGCGUCGGGCCGGUCAUUCAGAAAAUGUGGGAUCAAGAAAAGGACCACUUGAAGAAGUUCAACGAGUUGAUGGUUGCCUUUAGGGUGCGGCCCACCAUCCUGAUGCCCUUCUGGAACGUGGUGGGAUUCGCGCUGGGUGCGGGGACCGCCCUGCUGGGGAAGGAGGGAGCGAUGGCCUGCACUGUGGCCGUGGAAGAGUCUAUAGCGCUUCACUAUAACAACCAGAUCCGGACGCUGAUGGAGGAGGAUCCCGACAAAUAUGAGGAGCUUCUUCAGGUGAUAAGGAAAUUUCGGGAUGAAGAGCUGGAGCACCACGACAUCGGCCUUGAACAUGAUGCACAGCUGGCUCCAGCGUACGCGGUCUUGAAGAGCGUUAUCCAGGCCGGAUGCAGCGUGGCAAUAUAUUUAUCAGAAAGAUUUUAAAGUACGUCCACUUCUCCCUGUCUGUGAAGGAGGGUAGUGAUUAAACAAGGGGCAUUGGCAGGCAAGGAAAUGUGCAAUUAUCACUAGAUGAAUUUUGUUAAUAAGCUGCAAGAGGUUCUUUUUUUUUAUUCGUUAAUAAAACUCUCUAGUGUUGACUU